AUGGCGCCCAAAACACUGAACGACCUGAAGCGCAAAGACCUCUUUCAGACAAAGGGUUACAUUGAGGAAUCCUGGGUCGACGCCACCUCCGGCAAGACCUUCGACGUCUACGAUCCAGCCACGCUCGACAAGAUCGCCACCAUCCCCGAAAUGGGCGCCGAAGAUACCGAAAAAGCCAUUAAAGCAGCCCAUGAAGCGUUCAAGACAUACAAGAAAACAACCCCCCGGCAGCGCGCAAGGUGGUUGCGGAAAUGGAGUGACCUCUGCCUCGAACACGCCGAUGAUCUCGCAUUAAUCCUGACCCUCGAAAACGGCAAGACCCUGACAGAGGCGAAGGGCGAGGUAACGUACGCAGCCUCGUUUCUCGAAUGGUUCGCCGGUGAAGCAGAGCGCGUCCACGGCGAAGUUGUCCCGGUCGCAAAUCAAAACCAGCGUAUCUUGACGUUCAAACAGCCCAUUGGCGUAGCCGCGUGUCUGGCACCGUGGAACUUCCCGAUUGCGAUGAUUACCCGGAAGGUUGGGGCUGCUCUGGCGGCGGGCUGUACCACGGUGUGGAAGCCUGCAGGGGAGACGCCGUUGAGCUCACUCGCUCAGGCCGUUCUUGCGCACGAGGCUGGAUUCCCCAAGGGGAGCAUCAACGUCAUCACCACGCUGAAUCUUGUCAAUGAGGUCGGCGAAGCGCUAUGCAAGAGUAAGUUGGUGCGAAAGUUGAGUUUUACCGGAAGUACCCGCGUCGGAAAACUGCUCGCCCGGCAAUGCAGUGAUUCCCUCAAGAAACUGUCCUUGGAGCUAGGAGGAAACAGCCCAUUCAUCGUAUUUGACGACGCCAAGCUUGAGACGGCAGUGGAAGCAUGUAUAUUGGCCAAGUUUCGCAACUCGGGGCAGACUUGUGUGACUGCAAACCGAAUUUUCGUGCAGAAGGGCAUUUACGACAAGUUUGCUGAAGCGUUGGCGACGAAAAUCAAGACUUUGAAGGUUGGUCCGGGCACCGAGGAUGGUGUGUUUGUGGGACCUUUAACACACGAGCGCGCGGUGGAGAAAGCGUUAACUCAUAUCAAUGAUGCCAAAAAACACGGCGGUCAGGUGGUCCUGGGUGGAGAACCACUGAAGGAUUUCAAAGGAUACUUCCUGCAGCCGACGAUCAUCAAAGGUAUGAAACGUGAGAUGAUAACCACUCGCGAAGAGACCUUUGCUCCAGUGGUCGGUCUCUACGAGUUCGACACCGAGGAAGAAGCCAUUGACAUGGCUAAUGACUGUGACGUGGGCCUUGGCUCGUUCAUCUGUACCGAGAACAUUCCGCGAGCAUGGAGAGUGACCGAGGCCUUGGAAGUGGGCAUGGUGGGUGUGAAUCUGGGCCUCCUGAGUGCCUGUGAGAGCCCCUUUGGAGGUGUGAAGGAGAGUGGGUAUGGUCGCGAAGGCGGCCGUCAAGGGAUCGAGGAGUAUCUGAGUGUGAAGUCGAUGUUGAUCAACGUGGCAAACUAG